AUGUCUGAUACUCCAUACUACACCAUAUUCGUUCCAAGCGAAUUCCAUACGCCAGUUACAAAGAAGGCUACUCAACCUCCUCCAGGCUUCACUACAUGGAUCAAAAAUAAUGACAGAAAAGCCUAUUUUAAAUGCAACCAUGAAUUCGAAAAUAAUGGGAAAAGAUAUACAUGCCAGUUAUGUAUAAGAGCAGAUCGCGUUGAUGAUGAGAAGACACGCCUUAAACAUAAACAUUAUCAUAUGAGUCUCCUUAAGGAUUCGAUUUGUAAGAAUGAUGAAGAUUUACCCGAUGAAAUUGAUUUUGCAAUAAUGGAAUUUUUUCGCGAAAUGCAACGUGCCAAUUUCCACUAUUACUAA